UAUCAUCCUACCUAACACUUACCCAACAACCUCCCGUUAUACCCCCGAUACCAACAUGUCGUACGGUGGACCCCCGCAGAAUCAAUACGGCGGUGGUGCCGGUUACUAUGACCAGCAAGGCCAAGGACAUUACCCCCCUCAGCAGGGCCACUCCCCUCAACCGCAGCAAGGCUAUUACCCACCAGAGGGCCAGCAGGCUUAUGGUCAGCCCCAGUACGGCCAACAUCCAGGACCUUACGAUCAACAAGGCGGCCAGGGCUACCAGACAUACGCCCCACAGCACCAGCAGGGCCAGUACCCUCCCCAAGGCAGUCCUGGAUACGGACAACCUCCCCAGGAUCGCGGCCACUCGCCCUACCCUCCCCAGCAACAGCAGUACCCGCAAAGUGGCGGCGGCGAGAGCUCUGCAUACUACGGCGGCGCACCCCCACACCAGCAAGGACAGCCUGGUGCUGUAGGACCGGAGGGCGACAGGGGCCUCGGGUCGACGCUGCUUGGUGGCGCGGCUGGUGGGUUCAUGGGCAAUAAGCUUGGCCACGGCUUGCUUGGUACUGCGGGCGGUGCGGUUUUGGGUGCUGUUGGUAUGAAUAUGGCAACUAAUAAGCUUGGAAAGGAACACAAGAAGCCAAAGAAAGACAAGAAGCAUAAGAAGGAUAAGAAGGAUAAGAAGCACAAGAAGAAGAGCUCUAGCAGCUCCAGCUCCAGCUCGUCCUCUGAUAGCGACUAGUUGGUUUCGCUUCUUUUGGUGUGAUUGGUUACGGUGACUUGUUUUGCCCUUCACAUUUUGUAUACCCUGCCUUUUUCUCUGCUGCUUUUUCUGUUGCAGUAUCAUUUGGCCCGUUUGGGCUUCUCCUCUUGGGCCACUUGAUGACCUUUACGCGUUACGUUUAUCAUAUGCAUUUGUAUUCUUAAUGAGAUGAAAGCUCAUCAACAAAGUUGAAUUAUUAAAUCAUGCAACUA